ACGACAUUUAAUUAUCCGUAUUUUAUCCAUAGGUGACUUCGACAAAGAUACAAUAGAUGAUGCAAAAAAUCUCCUCUCAAGGCAAUUUUUUAGCUGCAAAAAAAAGGAAAAAUUAUCAUGUUUUCAUACACUUCAAUAAAUUGUGGAGGGAGACAUGGCAACAUCGCCGAAUCCCAUAGCAGUGCUUGGUCUUUCCUGUGGUGUUCAAUAGUACGCCUGUUUCUUGGACGAACACUACAUUUAAUUCACAUUUAAUAAAUAAUUUAUCAUGUCCAAGAUAAACUUCCAAGACUUAUGAAAAAAAUGUGAAUACAAAACCGUUAGUUGCGGCCUUGAUUUGUGAAUUUAUCUGAGUUUCAUUGGCAAUUAUUGGUAUCCAAUCGCAUGUGGAGAAUUCGGAGAGAGAGAUUUUGAUUCUGAGGAGUGAGAUGAGUGCAGUUUGACAAAUUUGGUUACUGGGAAGCUGUUCAUUUGUUGGUAAUGAGUGAAUUUCGAUGUGAAUAAGUGAUCUUUGGGCUUCAAUUGGUGGAGAUUUUAUUUGGAAAUCAAGGGAAUGUUUUUUUUUUAAUACUCGACCGACACAGGCUCACGGUACAUGUACACACGCAUACCCACACUUAGAUAGAACACACGGACUGCAGCGGACGUAACUUGUAGUCAGAGUUGGUGAACUUAUCAUAAUGUAUGAGACACGUUAAACACAAUAAGGAAAAUGUGAUGAUGGGAAUUGUGAGGGACUGUGAAAUGUUGAUGGAAUCAAUGAUAUUUGUGGGUUAUUUUGGAUUCUGCAGUUUGUAAAGAUUUCCUCCUCUUCACAGCAAAACUCAACUUAAUGAUGUCUCUAUCAUCAAGUUUAAACGCAUAAUUUCUUUGGCAGCCCUCCCUAAGAAAGCUGUAACCGUAAAAAAUGGACGAGCCAGCGAAGAAAAAACAACGUAUCGUGAACGGCGAGAACUACGAUGCUGACAAUGACGAGUUUAUAACCGACAUGGAGCAUUUCCAAAAGUCCCUCCUGAACCAGUGCCUGUGCGGUGUCUCCGAGAGUUCUCUGCGCAAGCCGUUCUCUUCCAAUACGUGGAUGAGUCAAACUCGCACUUCCUCUCGCAUUUCCUCUCUAUCUGACUGGGAUCCUGAUAGAACUCUGGAGUUCAUUAGUGGCUUGCAGCUCCUCUUCGACCUGGCUCUGAAACAAAACUACCGAGGGGUCAUGUGUAGCAGAGUGGCAGACGUUUGCGAGGCCCUGACUCGAAACGAGCACGGGAUAAUUGACCAGUUGAUUGGCCUCUCUUGCACGCCAAACAAAUUCGUCUCCUACACAGCGAGCAGAGCUCUUGCCUCCUUCUUUAUCAUGACGAAAGAGAACACAGAAGAAUCUUGGCUGGACAGACUGGCCCAAUCAUUAGUCAACACUCACUCCCCCAGUCAAAUGCUCUUCACUCUGGACGUCGUCAAGAGAGUGGUAGAGCACAAGGACUGUGGAAUGCAUCCUCUUGAGGAAGAAGGAGCCUCACUGCCUCCACCGAAUUGCAACACAGUAGUAGUUUCAGACCCGGAGAGUCUAGACAGCACUCCAGUCAAAGCAAUGUGUGUGAAAGCCCUCGAGUCCAGAUGGACAGUUCUAGUAGCCAAAUUUGACGCCAUCCUUGGAUCUUACACUCCGCAACACGAAUCAGCAGUGAUAACGUUCCUUGACCUCUGGGAGUCUAUCAUCUCUGUCAAGGCGAAUCUCUCAGUGAUCGAUACGAAAUUGUUUUACUCCCAUGUCGAUAAUCUUGUGUUUUUGCUCAAUGGAAAUGUCCCUGGAAUCGUCUGGAGGCAUAUUCUCCGAUUGUUUAACGAGGUUUUGUGUUAUGGAAGUACUCUAGCUCUUCAGGAUGUUCUUCCUGAUGAGCCUUGCCGACUGGCUCAUGUUAUUGUCAGAGCUGUUAAGGACAAUAGUCUCCUGGAUGGUUUACCUUACCGUCAUGGAGCUGGCAGAUUCGGGGGAGGUACUGGGGAUGGGGAUCGUCCUCUUCUACAGAAGCUGGUGCUACUGGUGCUCAAGAGCGUUGCUGUUACUGUUAAGGAGACAAGGACUGAUUCGAGCGACUCUUCGCUGGGGUCUGAGGCUGAAGAUCUUGAUGCCGAUAUGAGGGUUAUUGAGAGAAGCAUCAGGACCGUUCUCAGGCAGUUGGAUAAUUGUGUCAAAACCCUGAUGCCUUUUCAUCCUGAGAUGCCACUUUCACAAUGGGUCGUGCAGAUGUUCCAUGAUCAAGAUGACUUUCUUAUUGAGGGAAUGGUCUGCUGCCUUGAUGUCGCUGUGGGAUUGUUUUAUAGGGGGCCUCCUCAAAAUGAAUUGGCUCACACGUUAAGUCCUAGUUUGACAUUCGUGCAGUUCGUCAGGGCUGUCUCCCACGAUCCUGAUGUUCUUCUUGAUCUUCUUGUCAGCAAUGAAACCUGCUUUUUGCUGUAUCUGCUGAGGUUCUUGAAAUACGUGAGGAGGAAUUGGAACGAGUUCGUCAUGUGUUGUGGCAGAGAGUUGGAUGAUACCAUGACAGUAAUCAUAAGACUUAGAUUAGCGAUAGAUAGACUGGUAUCUAAAGCACUAUUCCCGUAUAAUAUUAAUCCAGUUUUAAGAUUACUCGAGAAGUGCGAAGCUUUUUACGAGGGGAAUGUAGAUAAUUAAGGGAUUUGUUUCAGUAGGGAAGUAGAUGAAAUUUGGGACAAAUGAAUUUCUUUCUUCAUUCGAAAUGACUGGGAAUUUAUUGAAUGAAAUUCAAGGCAGUUUAGGUCAGUUUUAAGGAAAUUCUUGGUUUCAUAAUGAGACAACGUUGACUCACUUCCCAUCAUUUUGUUCGACGAUGCUAUUGUU